UAACAGCCACACUCUCGUGCUUCUAUCGUACGAUGGUGAAUGCAUGUAAUAUGAAUUGUGAGUGCAAUUUGCUGUGAACGGACGACGAGAUGUCAUCACGGCGUGCCGCUUCGUUCGUAUGCGAUUAAGAAAGCGGAGCGUUAAAUUCCUGCAAUAAUGAGUGCGCAAAACCAGUUGCCAAAUCUCGACAAGAUCUUCCGGGAUGACGACGAGUCGGAUUUUGUACCCUCGGGAGGGUCUAAUCUGGCUGCCAUUUUUGGGCUACAGUCGAAGCAUGCAGAUUCUCAUUCCGCUAAACAAGUAGUACCUAAGAAGAGUAACACUCGAUACAACAUACAGCAAGCUGCACCACCUUCCAAGACAGAAGUGUUGAUAGCGAAAGCAGUACAUGCUUUUAAAUUGCAAAAUGGCCAAUACGCCUCUGUCGGGAAGCUUGGUAUGGCAUUGACAGGCAACGCAGUAACAAGAAUGUAUCAGAUAAUUUUGUACAAGACUAAACAAGAGUACAUAUCUGUCGCCACAGUGACACGUGACUUUGUGUAUACUAUACAAGCGAACAAUUACGCUAGUUAUUAUGAUAGUAACAAAGAGAAUUGGUCGAUUUUGUUCGAGAGCAACGAGAAUUAUCUGGAGUUCGCAAUAGAAGUGGGACUGGCACGCUAUUUUGCUACGCAAGAGAAAGGAGAGAGCGUAAUCUAUCAAGAUCUAAUGCCAAGCGAUAAAGAUGUGAUCGCGAAAGAGGGAGACAAUAUAUGCAUCAAGUAUUUCGUGGGGACCGAGAUUGUACAGCCUUUCAAGACGAACUUCACGACGUCGCAGACGAUGACCGUGGAAAUAUCGACGGACGAGAAUUGGGAGAGAAGUCUUCUGGACAGCGGCAAGGGCCUGAAAAGAGUUUUAUUUUUACCGCCUAGCAAACAGAUUAGUUUAGGUCCUGGAUUCCCUAAAGAGAGAGAUGUUAUGCUGAUAAUAGAGAUAACCGAUAUACGGGUACAGGAGGAAAAUCCGCCGGCGCCUAAAAGCUCGGGGAAGGCAGCCAUAAUAUCGAGAAUGGCUAAAAUGGGUCAGUCCAUCUUGCCAAAAAUGCCUCGAGCUUCCACUACUGAUUCCGAGGAUACCGAGGAUGACGUACCUCAUAAAUCUCCUCGUCACAAGAGGAUCGAACAAUCAGAUGGAACUUUGCAAAAGAAGAAUUUGUCCCACGAGUCGUCAGACGAAAGGAAGGCCGCUCAGAAAGCUGUGGAGCCUAAAACUGAAGUGCCUUCUCUAGAUUCUAAUACUUAUAAGCCAUUAGUUGCUGCGUCCCCAUUAACGCCACAAUGGGCUCCACCGUAUUUCGCUGGGCACUACGUAACGAUGGACAAUCAGAUGUAUCCCGUGUCGCAGGCCGUAAAUCGUACGAUACCGGCCGCUCUGGAUCCCGGAAUGAACAUGUUGCUGUCGGAGUCGAGAAUAGCAAACGCGGAAAUACGAAUGGGGAUGUCCAAAAUAUCCGAUAACGUCCAGAAAUUAUUGGAUAAGUUCCAUGCACUCGAGCUCCAAAAUGCGACAACUCCAACGAGCGAUAAGGCAACUUUGGAUGCCUCUUGGAAAAUGCUCUUGGCACUCAAUACAUCUCAAGUAGGAAUCAAAGACAACGAAUUACCAAAAAAUACUGAUAAAGAUACGUCGGAUGAAAAAAUUCGCGAGGCACAGAGCAAAAUAAGUUCUUUAGAAAAUGAUUUAAAAAAAUCGAAAGAGGAAAAAGAGUCAUUGUUGCAAAUCAAUGAAGAGCUGAGCAAGAAGCUUCGAGAAUUGGAAAUGAGACUAACCGAUACAAAUGAUGAGUUGAGGAAAACCAAAGAAGCCUUAGAAGUAGCUAAAAAUACAAUUACACAGUGCAAAGAAGAAAAUGUUAGUUUAGAAGAUAGACUUUCUAAGUAUCAUAGAGAGCACGUUCUCCAAGCCGACGCAAUGUCUUCCAGACAGAAAGAUGUUGAGAAGAAAAAUAAAGAAAUUAAGCAAAUAAUGAACAAAACGUACCACACAUUGUCAGAAAAACUUUCAGAUGAAUCACGGUCUGAAUUAUCUUUCGAUUAUGUAAAAUCAACUAUUGCAAACACAAUAAAGCAUAUCACUUUACAAGUACUAUAUGAAGAUCCCGACGAAGAGGACAGAGAAUCUAAAGCAAUUGAAGAUGUGAAUUCCACGAUUAUUAAAACUGUUGGCCAACAACAAAUUGAGAAACCAAUAAUUGAGAAACAUAUCGAGAAGUCGGUAUUAAAUUCAGAUAAUGAUUUAUCGACAAAAUCCACGGAAUUUUCACGAUCUACUACGAUCAUGCCUAUAUUUGAAAACGAACCACCACCCGUUCCACCACCUGACGAUAUUGAUGAAGUUGAUAGCGAGUGACACAGUGUUCGAUUUUUAAUUCAUUAAUUCAUGCUGCAAAAAAUUACUUCAUAAAAUAUUUUUUACAUAUUAAUUGCGCGUUAAU